AUGGAACGCCCUGGCUCCCACCGAAGCCUCAGCGAGGUGCGGUCGGUUCAAAGAUACAGUGAUGCUGACACGGACGCCUUACUAGAUGACCUGUAUACGUUGGAGCAGCUGAAGGACCCGCGGAUGAAUAUACGCAUUGUAAGGCCGCUAGUUGAUCCGUUGUAUGAUCCAGACGACAUUCGACUCCAACCUUCUGUCGCCCUCCAAGUCACUCCAGUGUAUUGCUCCUCAUCAGACCGUCUCUCCAAAUCCACAGCCCAAAUAACUGCCGCCUACCGCAACCGCUACGCCUCCUACCUCGCGGCCACUUUCAACAUCAGCCUUGAAGCCGCCCAGUUGGAAACAGAUUACCAGCUCGCACCUCGGCGAGCCUCCGAGUUUUCGGAGGCAGAGGCCCAUCGAAGCUGA